AUGGCGAGAGAGGCAUCGUCACUAAAGGCAAAGCACGUUGAUGUUCACCUACUGUCGGUCAAAGACCUUGGCCGCGUCAGCAAGUUUCUAGGCACGCUUAAUGGUGACGGAGGCUACAAUCUCGAUCAGGAGGAGGCGAUUGGCGAUCUCCUGCGUACCAACGGACUUAUGGAUGCAAGCUCGGUGCGCGCGUUGAUUGGUGACGACUGCUAUGAAGAGAAUCUUGACGGAGUAGCGAUGCUUGGAGCGUCGAACAAGCGGUCUGGCCCAACGAUACGCGAGUUCCAGUCACUCGUGGGCAGCUUGCUAUGGGUUGCGCGCUGCAAAAAGCAGGAAAUCGCCUUUGCGGGCACAGUGAGCUUGAAGGUCACGAUGUCGCCGGCGCAAAACCGUGACCAAAAAGUGUCUCGACGGGAAGCGUUUAGCGACGCUGAUUCUGCGGUCGAUAAGGCCGACCUUGGCCGCGUCAGCAAGUUUCUAGGCACGCUUAAUGGUGACGGAGGCUACAAUCUCGAUCAGGAGGAGGCGAUUGGCGAUCUCCUGCGUACCAACGGACUUAUGGAUGCAAGCUCGGUGCGCGCGUUGAUUGGUGACGACUGCUAUGAAGAGAAUCUUGACGGAGUAGCGAUGCUUGGAGCGUCGAACAAGCGGUCUGGCCCAACGAUACGCGAGUUCCAGUCACUCGUGGGCAGCUUGCUAUGGGUUGCGCGCUGCAAAAAGCAGGAAAUCGCCUUUGCGGUGCAUAAGGCCACGCGCCAGACACACGCGCCGCGCUUGCAUGAUUGA